AUGGUAGCUGGAGCAAUCUCCAGCAGCACUGACCCACCUCGAGAUCGACCCAACAACAAUGUCAGCGGACACAGAAGACCAAAAGGCAAACAGGUUCCCUCUCGCUACUUAUCUCCUUCUCCUUCUCACUCCCUCUCCCUCUCCUCCUCCACAACAACAACAUCGUCCUCUUCCUCUUCUUCAUCAUCAACCAUUCUCAAGACAAGUAAACGAUACCCAUCUCCUCUACUCCCUUCCAACCCCAUAAAAACGCCUUCUUUAUUACCUAAACGGUCACAAUCCGUAGACCGUCGCCGACCCUCGGCGGCUCCGGCCACCACCGAAAUGUCGGCGGCGACGAAGAUGCUCAUCACUUCCACUCGGAGCUUAUCUGUUUCGUUCCAAGGCGAAUCCUUUUCGCUUCCGGUUAGCAAAAAGAAGGAAGCUUCCACGCCGGUUUCUCACCGGAGAUCGACGCCGGUGCGAGAUCAGAGGGAGAACUCGAAGCCCGUGGAUCAGCAUCGCUGGCCCGGAGCUUCCCGGAGAGGAAAGUCCGAACCUUUAAGCUUAGACUGUGGUGGGAGUGAGAGAGGGAAGCUCGGAUCUAAUGGAAGUCCUAGGGUUUCUAUUAAUGGAAGGUUGAGUUUAGAUAUAGAAAGUAGAGAUGAAGGCCAGAGAAGAAGACCAAACAAUGGUGUUUCCUGUGACUUGACUGCUUCUGAUACUGACAGUGUUUCUUCUGGUAGCACUAACGGAGAAAUCUCCAAGUCAAGGAGGAGCUUGUCUCGUAAUGGUUUGGCUUCUGCUAGGUUCUGGCAAGAGACUAAUACCCGGUUAAGGCGGUUGCAGGAUCCUGGUUGUGUAUCAUCUAAGCUUGGUCUUUCUAAAAGGUUCUCUAGUGAUGCUGUUCUAUCAUCAUUAUCUCCUCGUGGUAUGGCUUCUUCUCCUGUAAGAGGUGGUGCUUCUAUUCGCUCUGCUUCACCGAGUAAGCUUUGGGCUACUACUACUACUAGUUCAUCUCCAGCUAGGGCUCUUUCGAGUCCUUCUCGAGUGAGAAAUGUGGUUUCUGAUCAGAUGAAUGGUGGUUAUAACCGCAAGGAAAACACGAGUUCGAUUCUUAGCUUCUCUGCGGAUAUUAGGAGAGGGAAGAUUGGGGGAGAUCGUGUUGUGGAUGCACAUUUGUUGAGGCUUCUUUAUAACCGUUACUUGCAGUGGAGGUUUGUCAAUGCGAGAGCAGGCUCUGCGUUAAUGGUGCAGAGAUUGAACGCAGAGAAGAACCUGUGGAAUGCAUGGGUAUCAAUCUCAGAACUGCGCCACAGCGUUACAUUAAAACGAAUCAAGUUGCUUUUGCUAAGGCAAAAAUUGAAACUGGCUUCUAUUCUGAAGGGACAGAUGGGAUAUUUAGAAGAAUGGUCUCUUCUAGACAGAGAUCAUUCAAGUUCUUUGUCUGGAGCAACCCAAGCCUUGAAAGCCAGCACGCUUCGGCUACCAAUUGUUGGAAAGACCGUGGUUGAUAUCAAAGAUCUUAAGCAUGCUGUUAGUUCAGCUGUUGAUGUAAUGCAAGCUUUGUCAUCUUCCAUAUUCUCGCUUACGUUGAAGGUUGAUGAAAUGAAUUCUGUAAUGGUCGAGACGGUUAAUGUAACUGCGAAGGAAAAGGUUAUGCUUGAAAGAUGUCAAGGAUUCUUAUCAAGAGUAGCAGCUAUGCAGGUAAUGCCUCUAAAGUAA